CCACGGCAAGAAAGAUAUCAGUUCGGUGGUGGCCCGGCGAAUAUAUGACUAUACGACCAACUCCCAUCAAAAUCCGAAUGGUUAAUAUUAACACUUGGUUUAUACAUUAUGUGCCGUUGCCGACACGGAGAAGUUGAAAAGUCACCUAACAUUAUAGAAAAUUGUUGAUACACUAUCAGCUUUUAUGCAGAGGCUAAAUGAGUGCAACCGAGUGUUGCUGGCUGGUGGCUGCUGACUGAUCGGAACGGCGUGGAAUAUAUCAAAAUCUACGUAAUCUGUUUUAUUACAGCGUCUUAACGCAGUGUGCGCGCGCUACCAAAUCGACCAUUUUACACAUGCACACAGCUCCAUAAAGUGGAAAUUGAAUUAUGACGUGCACUUAACGCAUUGGAGAUCAGAUGUCCGACGAAUGUUCUAAUUUGGCUUCAUUGGACUGAUCCGACAAGUUUUUUUCCCAAUAUGCCAAUCGAUAUGGAAGACCGCACCGGUAACAGGAAGAAACUAAUUGUUGUGGGAGAUGGCGCCUGUGGAAAGACAUGUCUGCUGUAUCGUUUUGCUGAAAAUAAAUUCUUCGAGGAAUACGUGCCAACAGUAUUUGAGAGUAUGACCGCAAAUUUUGAAGUGGACGGAAAUAUGGUUGAGCUAGUGUUGUGGGACACAGCCGGUCAAGAGGAAUUUGAUCGCCUUCGGCCUCUGAGUUAUCCAAACACUGAUGUCAUCCUGAUUUGUUUUUCCGUGGAUAACCCCAGCAGCCUGGAUAAUGUCAGAAAUGUGUGGGUGCCAGAGGUGCGACAUUUUUGCCCAAAAACUCCUCUUGUCUUAGUUGGCAACAAAAAGGACUUAAGAAAUGAUAGAACCGUUUUAGAGCAGCUACAGAAACAACGCCAGGAGCCGGUUAAAGGGAGCGAAGCCAAGAACCUUGCGGAAAAGAUUGGUGCAUAUGGCUAUUAUGAAAACUCCGCCAAAACCGGCGACGGUGUGCAGGAAGUAUUCCAAGCAGCUUGCCGGGCGAUCGGCAGUGCCAAAAAGAAGAGCCCGACACCGGCCAGUAAACGAUGCCGGAUUCUGUGAUAUGCAUUUCCAGAACAACUAUGACCUAACUGCAGCUGUGGGAGGACUUUAUUCGUUGCGGUCUCUGUUGGUUUUUGUUCCCAGAACCAGAUUCCGGUAUCAAACAUUUGAGUUAUCAAAGAAAAGUUUUGAUGUUUUUUAAAGAAAAAUUUUUUUUUCUGGCAACAGACUUUUUGUUACACGAAGGACAAUUUUUUGCUAGUGAAUUUAUAGUUUUUGUUUCAUAGUUUCUAAGUUGAUUGUGUGGCAGUUGAACCAUUUUUCAGUGGUACUACAAUGACCCUUUGCAGAUAUAUACAGCCACUCUUCUAGUGUUCCUUAUAAAACUUUUGCGGCUGA